AUGCCGAAUUCCGCCAAUAUUCCUGGCCAAGGAGUGCCACCGGAACAACAGCAGACAGAAGGUACUGGUCAGCAGCGAGAGAGCGAUCUUAACCUCAACUUUGUCGCCCAUCCAGUAGUAUCGAACAAAAACGCUGCGGCUGUGAAUGUUCCGAGUGGAUCGACCACCACCCGUUCCCGCAAGAGCAGAUCAUCGAAGACUAGUUCCCGUGCUUUACGUGCUUCUCUCGAUCUGCAGCGGCUCGAGGAGGAAAAGCGCCUAGAAAAGGAAUUUCUCGCCAGGAAGUACGAAAUCCUGCAGGCGCAGCUUGAGGAUGGAGAAGGCAGUAGCAGCAGCGGCAGGACUCGUCGAUCGUCCCAUGGCAGUUCGCAGAGGACUCACGAUUGGGUACAGAGCCAGAUUGUCCCGACUACCAGCACAACCACCGAACCCCCAGUGAUUCCCGUGGGUACUCAGUCUCGGACCGGCACAAUACCCAAGGAUUUCCCUCCAGCGGUCGCAGUGACAACUAGUGCCAUGAUCAUGGAUGAAUCGAGUGUGCUGGACAUGCGAUCGUUAUCCAUCAACCUGAAUACAGUGGAUCAGGUGGCGCCGAAGGUACAGUGUGCAGCUAGUUCAUCGUUCGCUCCAACCCGUCAUCGGCUCGCACAUCUGCUGGCUAAAAACACCGACCAAACGACUGCAGUAAACUGUGCAACCGAUUGUGAAGGCGCAGUAGGUGGUUGCACAACAAUUUCGACGGAUCAUCGUGCGUUGCCGACUGCGGUGAAUUUCUCCAUUUCGCCAACACGCACCCCGGAGGCUUUGAUGGAGCAGCUAAGUGAGCUGCAACAGCGUGUGGACAGUUUCCAGCAACAGUUGUUGGCUAAGACACCUUGUCAAGGCCAGACCCUAGAUCGACACCCGGACGAACCUCGGCACUUCCAGCCGACACAAUCAUCGACGGUGAAUGUGCCAAAGCCAGCGCGCAAAGUUGCGUACGAUCUGCCUACCAGCGACGGUAAUAACAAAGUCACCAGCUCGGUAAGUCAAACGUGCUCCAAUACUAUUUCUGCAUUUGUACCGCAAUUGAAUGUUUUGAGCUCGGUUGAUCUGUCGCUACCGACACGAGCUGUUGAACAAAUAAAUAAAACACCCCCUCCGCCCACCGGGCCAUGCUUACUUCCCCCCAUUCUACCUUUCGUGCCGGCGCAUAUGAGUACACCUCAAGCCCAUUCUACUCCCCCCUCCGUGCAUACAGUUUCCUCUCCAUUGUCUCCAAUAAUGUCGCCGAUGGUUCCCGCAUCUGCCCCCAUCAUCGCUCCCGUCUCCGCUGCCAACGAUGUUGCUCGGCGGCAGCUAUUCGGUCCAACCUCACAGCAACUCGCCGCCAGACACGUCGUGCCCAGAGAGCUCCCUGCUUUCACCGGUGAUCCAGUCGAGUGGCCGUUGUUCCUGAGCUGCUACCAGAAUACGACAGACAUAUGUGGCUAUUCCGAUGGCGAGAACCUGAUGCGGCUGCAGCGGUGCCUAAAGGGAAACGCGUUGGAGGCAGUUCGAAGCCAUCUGAUGCAUCCAUCUUCUGUACCGUUAAUCAUCGACACGUUGAAAACGCUGUACGGACGUCCAGAUCAAAUCAUCAACUCUCUACUUUCCAAGCUUCGCGCGACGCCGACCCCAAAAUCGGAACACCUGGAGAGUCUGAUCGGUUUCGGUUUGGCGUGCAAAAACCUUUGCAGCCACCUCCAAGCAGCGGGUCUACAGGACCACCUUUCGAAUCCUCUGUUGCUUCAGGAGUUGGUGAGUAAGCUGCCAGCUACCCUCAAGUUAAACUGGUCGCUCUUCAAGCGGCAAUAUGCCAUCGCAGAUCUCACCACGUUUGGCAGCUACAUGGACCAGAUCGUGACAGCCGCCAGUGAAGUGACGUUUCUCAACGAAGCAGAUGGACAUCGUGGCAAGCAGGAGAAACUGAAGACAAAGGAGAAAAUGUUCGUGCACACCUCUGAGGAGAAAGCAGUGGAAAGCGUUUCCGCCAACCGUCAGGAGGACAAGCCGAAACCCUGUGCGGCCUGCAAGAAGGACGGACACAGAAUAAAGGACUGCCACUCCUUCCGGAAGAUGCAACUUGCAGACCGCUGGAAACUAGUGCAAGAGCGAUUUCUCUGUCGUCGCUGUUUGGGCUCUCAUGGAAAGUUCCCAUGCAAGGCAAGCAACUGUGGGGAGAAUGGUUGCGAGGAUCGUCAUCACAAGCUUCUUCAUCCAGGGAAUCCACAAUUAUCCCGAGCAACCGACGCUCCAAAGAAUACAAGCACGGUUACCGUUCAUCGGCAGUUCCAGCAAGCUGUUCUGUUCCGUAUUAUUCCGGUGUCGCUACACGGAAAUGGCAAAACCAUCAGAACGUACGCCUUUCUCGACGAUGGUUCAUCCAAAACUCUGGUGGAAGCGCAGGUAGCAGAAAAACUUGGAGUCACCGGAGCCAUACAUCCACUCUGCUUGCAGUGGACCAGUGGUGUUGAACGAGUGGAAGACGAUUCACAAGUGAUAAAGCUGCAGAUUUCCGGUGCAACGAACUCAACGAGGCUCGAUUUGAAGGAAGUGCAUACCGUUAAGAGUCUCAACCUUCCAGUGCAGUCGUUGGAUUUCAGCCAACUUUCCGAACAGUUUCCGCAUCUGCAAGGACUACCUGUCCACAGCUACACAGACGCCGUUCCUACGAUCCUGAUCGGUUUGGACAAUUCCUUCGUGAUGACAACCCGGAAAAGCAGAGAAGGAGCUAGAGGCAGCCCGAUUGCAGCAAAAAGUAGAUUGGGCUGGACAAUUUAUGGAAGCACAUCCACAGAAGUUGAGCAGUCCGCUAACCAGCUAUUCCACAUUUCCAUCCGUUCACCCGAACAAGAGCUCCACGACCUCGUGAAGGAGUUCUUCGCAUUGGAAAGUGUGAAUGCUACAUCUUCUGCAAUAGAAAACGAUGACGAUAAACGUGCCAGGCAGAUCCUCGAAGCCACUACUGUACGGACGGAGUCAGGUCGAUUCCAAACCGGCUUGCUUUGGAAAUACGAUCAUGUGGAAUUCCCGAACAGCCGGCCCAUGGCGGAAAAGCGAUUCCGCUGUCUCGAGCGUCGUCUAGCAUCCAAGCCUGAUCUAUACGACAACGUGAAGACCCAGAUCAGUCAAUACCAAGCCAAGGGGUAUGCUCAUAAGGCGAGUCCAGAUGAACUAGCUAGCUUCGAUCCUAAGCGGACUUGGUUUCUGCCACUGAACGUUGUCACGAACCCGAGGAAGCCUAACAAGGUGCGACUAGUGUGGGAUGCGGCCGCCAAAGUUCAAGGCCAGUCGUUCAAUUCUGCUCUUCUGUCUGGUCCGGAUUUUCUCGCACCGCUUCCGGCCGUUCUGUCUUCAUUUCGCCAGUUUGAGGUAGCUAUAAGUGCCGAUAUCUGCGAGAUGUUCCACCAGAUCUUGAUUCGCCCUGAGGACCGGUCGGCUCAGCUAUUCCUAUGGAGAGACGAUCCGUCCAAGCAAUUCGAGGUGUUCGUCAUGGACGUAGCGACGUUUGGCUCCACCUGCUCUCCUUCUGCAGCCCAGUACGUAAAAAAUCGGAAUGCCGAGGAGUUUGCCGACGAGUUUCCGCAGGCAGCGGAGGCGAUAACGAAGCACCAUUAUGUCGACGAUUUUUUGUGCAGUGUGGAUACCGAACAGGAAGCCGUGGAACUUGCAGAACAGGUGAAGUUAGUGCACUCGAAGGCUGGAUUUGUAAUACGAAACUGGCUGUCGAACUCGAAUCACGUUCUCACACGGGUCGGGGAACAACAAAUGGAAUCUGCAAAGAAAGUUUGGAUUGAUAAGUCUGCCGCGUACGAACGCGUUCUUGGCAUGAUCUGGAAGCCGGAACCGGAUGUUUUCGUAUUCCAAGGUGUGUUCAGGGAAGAAAUCCAGGCUCUUCUUCUUGGUGACGUCGUUCCGACCAAACGAGAAGUUCUACGAACCGUGAUGAGCAUCUUCGACCCCAUCGGACUGGUAGCCAUCUUCGUAGUCCACGGAAAGGUGCUUGUGCAGCACAUCUGGCGCUCUGGAAUCGGUUGGGACGAACGCAUCUCGGACGUACUUCUGGAGCAAUGGCAGCGAUGGAUCAAAUUACUGCAGCAGCUAGACCGAAUCGAAAUUCCACGUUGCUACUUCCCUGGCUACUCCUCUGAAGACUACGGGACUGCGGAGCUGCACAUAUUUGUGGACGCAUCCGAAGAAGCCUUUGCAGCAGUGGCGUAUUUCCGGAUCGUCGAAGGAACAACAGUUCGAUGCUCGUUGGUGUCGGCAAAAACGAAGGUUGCGCCUCUGAAGCUAUUAUCAAUUCCCAGGUUGGAGUUGUCAGCAGCUGUUCUUGGCGCCAGGCUUUCAAAAUCUGUUGUUGAGAACCACACGAUUCCGAUUAGGCGCAAAACGUUUUGGAGUGAUUCCUGCACCUUCCUCUCCUGGUUGCGAGCAGAUCCCCGAAAAUAUCGGCAAUUUGUCGCAUUCAGGCUAACUGAAAUCCACGAUCUCACGCAGGUCGAUGAAUGGCGCUGGGUGCCGUCUCGUUUGAAUGUGGCCGACGAGGCUACAAAGUGGGGAAAAGGCCCCGAUAUCACUACUGGCAGUCGCUGGUUUCAAGCUCCAAAGUUCCUCUACGAGCACCCAGAUUCGUGGCCCCAGCAAACAAUGAAAGGCAACGAGUCGCCUGAGGAGCUUCGUCCGGUUCACCUUCAUCACGACGUAGCCCAGGAACAACUGUUGCAGUUUAGGCGGUUCUCGAAAUGGGAGCGCCUGGUCCACGCUGUAGCCUACGUGCACAGGUUCGUGUUCAACAUUCGUUGCAAAGCUAAGAAGCAACCUACAAACUGUACGGAAUGGCUAAGUCGAGAUGAACUGCAGCGAGCGGAGACAACUAUUUUCAAGCUUAUCCAGCACGAAACUUUCGGGGACGAGAUCGUAAUUCUCAAGCGCAAUCAGCAACUUCCUGCUGGUGAACAACUGCAGCUGGACAGGACCAGCAAGAUUCGCAAGCUUUCUCCUUUUCUGGACGAGCAGGACGUCAUGCGAAUGGACGGUAGAAUCGCAGGUGCACAGCAGGUUUCGUUCGACUUUAAGUUCCCAGUUAUUCUGCCCAAGCGACACGGCGGCACUACACUUCUGGUCGAUUGGUACCAUCGGCAGUACAAGCACUGCAAUGCGGAAACUGCGGUGAAUGAAAUGCGUCAAAGGUUCCACGUGUCGGAGAUGAGAGUUGCCUUCAAGCAGGCCGGAAAGCUGUGUCAGUGGUGCAAAGUCUACAAGGCAGUUCCAGAAAUCCCGAGAAUGGCUCCAUUGCCACAAGCAAGGACGGUAUCGCACGUUAGGCCAUUCACUUACGUCGGCGUGGACUACUUCGGGCCGAUGUUGGUGAAGCAGGGACGCAGUGAGGUGAAACGUUGGGUCGCGUUAUUUACCUGCUUGACCAUACGCGCAGUGCAUCUUGAAGUGGUGCACAACCUCACAACGGAGUCCUGCAAGAUGGCGGUAAGGCGUUUCGUUGCACGGAGGGGGGCCCCGAGGGAAAUCUUUAGUGAUAGAGGAACGAACUUUGUGGGUGCAAACCGUGACCUCAAGAUGGAACUCCAGCAGAUCAACAGCAACCUCGCUAGUACCUUCACCAAUACGGAUACUCAGUGGCGUUUCAAUCCUCCUUCCACGCCGCAUAUGGGGGGAUCUUGGGAGCGCAUGGUCCGGUCGGUGAAAGGCGCGCUGGCAUCACUGUCUACUGGAGGCAAGCCGGACGAUGAGACCCUUCGGACGCUCCUGGUGGAAGCGGAAUCCAUCGUAAAUUCGAGGCCGCUGACGUAUCUCCCAAUCGACUCUGAGGAGCAGGAAGCUCUAACGCCAAACUGCUUCCUGAUGCUGAGCACCAGCGGCGUCAACCAGCCGGCCAGAGAGCCGAUCGAAGAGAGGGCGACAGCGAGGUGUAACUGGGACCUGUGCAACCAACUGUUGGACAGAUUCUGGGCGCGGUGGAUCAAAGAAUACCUCCCAACGAUCACCAAACGCACUAAGUGGUUCAAGGACUACAAACCCCUUCAAGUCGGAGAUCUGGUGAUUGUUGUGGAAGAUCGAGUCCGGAAUGGCUGGCUCAGGGGCCGAGUCGUACGCGUGUUUCCAGGACGGGAUGGUCGAGUACGGAAUGCAGAAGUUAACACAGCCAGUGCAGGAGUGCUGGUUCGAUCAGUAGCGAAGUUGGCAGUUCUGGAAGUCGGAGGUAGUGCUGAAGUCGACUUCGAGCAAUACGGGUCGGGGGAUGUUCCGAACGACGAAAAACCAGCACCCCGGUGCGACAGGGUCACUCGAUCCACGCACCGCAAACAGUAG